ACAGAGCAGGCAGUGCGCAACAAUAGCCCUCAGCAGGCCUCUGGCGUGGGGUUCCAGAGCAUACCAGUAGGUAACAGAAGGUGAUAGUGACCCAUUCCUGGGUAGGGAGGAGACCCUAUCCGGGCUGUGACCCACGUCACCCUUUCGCCUUCCCUGGGGCAGUGUGCUGCGGGUUGCAAGACAGAAAUUCCCGCAGCCAAACAGGGCUGUUAAAAGGUCACUGCAAGCGCUGAGUCCCCAGAGUGCAGCUGCCAGAGGCACAGCUUCAGGAUCCUGCUCCUGUGAUUCGGACGGAGGUCCUUAUCCUGACCAGGCACUGCAACUAGAAGAGGUGGUGUUGCAGAAGGUGGCAGACCCUGCAUCAUGGAUUCUCUUUCUGAAGCAAAUGGCACCUUCGCCUGCCAGGUUUUGAAGAUGCUAUGUCAAGACAAACCUUCACAUAAUGUGUUUUUUUCUCCCCUGAGCAUCUCCUCUGCCCUGGCCAUGGUUCUCCUGGGGACAAAGGGGAACACCAAGGUCCAGAUGGCUCAGGCCAUGUCUUUAAACACAGAGGAGGACAUCCAUAAGGGCUUCCAGAUGCUUCUCACCCAAGUGAACAAGCCUGACUCACAGUACUUGCUUAGAACAGCCAACAGGCUCUUUGGAGAGAAGACUUGUGAUUUUCUGUCAACAUUUAAGGAGUCCUGUCUUCAGUUCUACCAUGCGGAACUGGAGCUACUGUCCUUUUCCAAAGCUGCAGAGGAGUCCAGGAAGCAUAUAAACACUUGGGUCUCAAAAGAGACAAAAGGAAAAAUUGAAGAGUUGCUGCCAAUUAAUUCAAUCGAUCAGCAGUCCAGGCUGAUUCUUGUCAAUGCUAUCUACUUCAAAGGAAUGUGGGAAGAACAGUUUGAUAAAAUAUGCACGCGUGAAAUGCCUUUUAAAAUAAACCAGGAGGAGGAAAGGCCAGUGCAGAUGAUGCAUCAGGAAGCCAAGUUUAACUUCGCCUACAUCAGCAAGGCCCAGACACGGGUGUUGGAGCUGCCCUACGCUGGCAAGGAGCUGAGCAUGGUCAUUCUGCUCCCGGAUGAUGGUGUGGACCUCAGCUUGGUGGAAAAUAACCUUACUUUUGAGAAACUUGUAGCCUGGACCAAGCCAGACUUUAUGAAGAAUAUUAAAGUGGAAGUCUCUCUUCCAAGAUUUAAACUGCAGGAGAAUUAUGACAUGGAGUCUGUGCUUCAGCGUUUGGGAAUGGUUGAUGUCUUUCAACAGGGCCAGGCUGACUUUUCUGCAAUGUCAACUGAGACAAACCUGUGUCUGUCCAAGGUCGUGCACAAGAGUGUCGUGGAGGUGAAUGAAGAAGGCACUGAGGCUGUGGCGGCCUCGGGCGUAUAUCUUUUGGGAUGUUGUGCUGUCUGUUCACCAAGGUUCUGUGCUGACCACCCGUUCCUUUUCUUCAUCAGGCAUAACAAAACCAACACCAUUCUGUUCUGUGGCAGGUUCUCAUCUCCCUAACGAUGUACUUCCUGUACAUGGAGAGUUUCCCUCUUUCAGUGUCCCCAGAUUCCCUCUGUAGUUUCAUGAGCAUGGGCCUAUAGGUGAACACCAAGUUCAAAGAUGAGGGCAGGGUUCUAAACCUUCUGAACAACUGCUAUUGAGCCAGGAUCAUGGAAAAUAGGCUGUCCUGAUUCCCUGUUGUAUUUAGGAUGCAGGCAGUACAGAUGCCACAGGAUAUCUUGCAAAGUUUCCUAGACACUCGAAGCAUCUUUGUUACUUAUUCCACAUGCUAUGCAUACUCAUUAUGCUAUGCUUUUCUGGUACCUCACAUCUUGUCACCCACUUGCCUUAACCGGAUUGCCUCAAUAAUAAUAAAUGCUGCUGAAUACUGAAACCA